CUUGAUGUCCCCUCCCAGACAUUCCUCAGUGAAUCCCUAUAAUAACACACUGACUAGCUGACUCCUCACACAAACAUCUUCACACUGAUAGGCAUCUUCAUCACAAGUCAAAAUGUCUUACCCAAUCAGCUCCCAGCCUCACGCAACUCAGGGCUAUGCGACCAGCAGCCAGUGGAAUUCCGAAGUGUUCGACUGCUUUGAAGACAUGGGCAUCUGUCUUUGUGGAACAUUUGUCCCCUGUAUCUUGGCUUGUAAGGUAGCCUCAGAUUUUGGCGAGUGCUGCUGUCUACCUUGCCUUGGAGGCACCGUGCUGGCCAUGCGUACCGGCAUCCGAGAACGUCAUCGCAUUCCGGGCACUAUUUGCAAUGACUGUGUAUGCCUCACAUUCUGCACCCCAUGCACUCUCUGUCAGUUGGCCCGUGAGGUGAAAGCCAGGAAAUAAAGAAAGCAACAUUAGUGCUUGAGAUGCAGACAGAUAUAUUAUAAUUAGACAUCCUAUGGACAAAUCUAAAGAAUGUAAGAAUUGAAGGAACAGAAGAGAAAAAUCUUCCCGGACCAAAGAUACAUUUAUUAUAAAGAGUUAGCUUCUCUAUGCAGCAAAAAACUAUGUAAUCAAGCAUAUUGCGAAUAUACUUUUUAUAUUUUUUAAGACUUUUUUUUAAACUAUUACUAAGACUGGCUUACAGAGACAUUUAUAAUGGGGGGGAUUAGGGGUCUGAAACCCUUGAUGCCAGGUUCUGUAUCCCCCAAUUUCUAGAGGUUAAAGAUCUGUAGUACGAUGCUAGUGAUCUUGUUUUCUUUUUUACAUCAGUCUGCUGAUAUAGCAGCCGCAUGAUAAAAAAUGAUCAGUAGUAUAGCCCUACACCAGGCAUAGGCAACCUUCGGCACUCCAGAUGUUUUGGACUACACCUCCCAUGAUGCUUUGCUAGCACUACGGGUGUAAGAGCAUUGUGAGGGAUGUAGUCCACAAAAUCUGGGGUGCCGAAGGAUGCCUACCCCUGUCCUACACUAAGCAGCUAAAGAGAGGGGAUUAUCACCCCAGAUGAUCUUUAGGAGAUGGAUGUUGGAGAGAGAGGCUGCACUGUAUGUCUUCUCCAUGUUGUGUGCCUAGGUAAGAUUGCAUCAAAUAUCUGGCAAUGCAGCAUGUUUUUGUUUCCAGAUAUGUUUUUUUUUAUUUUUAUUAUUAGCAUACUGGCUUGCAUAGUUGGCAAGGUUUUUGUAAAAGGACAUGGCUUCUAGAAUAGAACUUCAUGGUAUGGGUCAUCAACUUUUGCUUUGUGCUGAAGCCCCAAGUGGUUCUGGAAGCUGGCACCAUCCUUGCUAUAUCAUAUAUAGAGCUAAAUAUAUGAAAUAAAGGGCAUUUCAAGAUUAAAUGUGACAAGCAGAGGAAACCUGACAAAUCAGGUUGCGAGGGCUUUUCUAUCAUAUAUAAUGCAUGUACAAACACCUACCUAGCAAACUGUUAAUCUGUUACUAGUAAAUGUAGGAUUGAGCUGUAUAGCACUGCUAAAUGCUAUUAUAAUGGAUUCUGGCCAAUAACAAGAUCCAUGAGUCUUGUCCAGCACACAUCCUAACAGGAAGUCUACAGGGAACCUGGGAUUACAUCUAAUUGCUGGACAUCCUUGUCUGAAGAAUCAACUUUCUGGUCCAGCUUAUGUGCCAUCCCGUCCAUGCUGUUGUUUGGAGAACCUGUGAAUGUUAGCACGAUGGAUACGAUACAUUGUUAAUUUAUCAGUCUUUGUGCUAAGUGUAUUAAUGUAAUACUUGACUCAUGACCCUUUUGCUUUAGCAUGGAAUCCUCCCAGGAGUCAUAUGAUCUCCACCUACAUUAGUUUUAUAUUUUUUUCAUCCCAAAGAAAAAAAAAAUAAAAUCAGGUUCUAUUAUUUUCCUUUGA